GCGUUAUUAAUGUCGUACUAUGCACCGUGUGAUGCUGUAAACAAGAUUUUCACGGACAGAUCUGUGAAGAGAUCCACUGUUUUUGGUGUAGCUAAUGUUUACGAAAGCACAAAAUGCAAACGCUCCGGGAGGAACAGGGUCCCCCUCUUCCUCUGUCGUCUCUGCGUCUUUUUGUUCCGCCACUGCGGCUGGUGUGUGCAGCUCUGUGGCAGGUGAUCGAGCGGAGAGACAUCAUGGACUAUGGGCUGCUAGAGGAGUUUGCCACCACCGUGUUGGAAAUAGUCCCGGAGCUAAUGAGUUACAGAGAGAGGGUCCAGCUCCUCCUGGGACUAAGAGCACGGCUGGUCCUAGAGUUAUGUCGCUGUGAUGAUGAGUUGUGUCGCCCUGACACCGUUCAGCCACACCUGAAGAGGAUGAGGAGCUGUGUCUCCAAUCAUAAGGGAGAGGUUUCAGAUCCAAAUGUGGAAGCAUCAGAGGCGAGCUUCAGGAAGCUGAUUGAAACCCUAAUGGAGGAGCCAAAGGAGAGGGAACUCUUCUUCCAGAAUGUUUUUCCAGAGGAGUUUGGCCCCAAGUAUGACUCAACACUGCAGAUUCUUGUGUGGGAGUUCCUGUCCAGACUGGACAAACUGCUUCCUCUUCCAAACAUUAAACAGACUGCAUCGUGGCUCAACCUGGCCCCUGCUCUCUUAGAGGAGUGUGUGCAGUCGGUGGCUCACCCUGAGCCAUUACAGGCUCUCCUCCAUCACCAUAAAAAUGGAAAACAGUUAGACACCAAUGCUCUAAGGUCCACUGGUGGUGACUACAUCCUCUCUUCACUGUCUUCCCCUUCCUCUGUGAAGGAAGAAAGUGCCUCUUACCAAGCUGGCCCAGAGAGACAGUCCUAUCCCACCAUGCAGGGAUAUCAAAGCCCUUUCCCAUGUGAUGAACCAGAGAUGAGCUGGGACUGCAGAAUGGCAGAUUGUAGGGUCUGGACUGUAAAGCCACCAGCUGGUUCUGCUUCUGUGGAGGUCGAGACUAUAGACGACGCCACUGAUAUAAUGGUUAAACGCAAGACAAUCUUCAAAGAGUCGAUCAAAGAGACUAGGAGAGAAGAAGCUGUUCUCUGCCCUCAGACACGCAGCGGGCUGAAAACCAGCCGCUUGACAGCUGCCUGUCUGCGCCGUCAGCCUGUACUGCGUUUGAACAGGCUUGACAUGAACAAUAUGCCGUUCCCCAAGUCCUUGCUAACACUGAUUCUAAGGAGGGGGAGACUGCAGGCUGAGACGACGAGACGCCCAGGACCGAAAAGAAGAGGCAGGAAGAAAAAACGGAGACGAGGACGUGGUGUUGCAAACGAGCAGAUUGAAACAGACACACUGGACGUAAGCGACACGCCGCUACCAAAGUCAUCACUAACACUGACCCUAAAGAGAGGGAUAGUGCAGGCUGAGGCGACGAGUUCCCAGGUACCGAGAAAGAGAGGCAGAAAGAAAGGACAGAAAAUGGGACCUGGUAUCACAAGGUUAAAGAUCGAAAAGGUUGGAGUACAUACGCUUGACAUUAGCGAUAUGUCAUUGCCCAAGACCUCGCUAAAGCUGAUCAUAAGGAGAGGGAAGCUGCAGGCCGAGGCAACGGACAGAAAAGAUGGACAGAAAAGAAGAGGCAGAAAGAAAAAAUGGAGGAGAGGAAGUGGUGUCAGAAAUGAGAAGACUGAAGCAAAGGGUGUGAAAAGAGAGCGGUCACCUGAGACUGAGGAAGAUGCCGAACCAUCAGAUAAUGAACUUUGGACCACUGUCAAUAAAGGGGCCACUGUCGAUGAGUCUGGUGGAGUCCGUCCUUCUCCUCAUUGUCCACCAUCUCAUAAGAGGGAGGAGGAAUUGCAACAGCCCAUACAGAACUUUCACUCAGAGGAGCACAGUGGUCCUAUGGCCAAAGGGCAGAACAGAGAGGAACGGUCAGAGAGUGUACCUCAGGACUCUUUAACGCCUGAGCCAUCCAACAGCUCUCACAAAAGAAGCUUUCGCUCAGAGGAGCACAGAGGACAUAUGGCAGAAGGGCAGAACAGAAAAGAACGCUCAGAGAGUGAACCUCAGGACUCUCUAACUCCUGAGCCAUCCAACAGCUCUCACAAGAGAAGCCAACGCGUCAAAGCAUGCUCUUUCUGUGGCAAGACUUUCACUGACACACUGGGCUUGACAAGACACAUGCGAUCUCACAUUGAGCAGAUGCCACAUCAAUGCACCCAGUGUGGGCAAGACUUUGAAUUCAGUGAGGACUUAGAGGAACACCAGAAGCAUGGCUGUGAGAUGAACAAAAAGGAUAAUAGUGAGGAAAAUGGUGAUGACUAUUGUGGGAGAACUGUACAGCAAAAACCUGAUCUGAAAAAAAAACAUGAUCUAAAAAGAGGCAAAAAACCUGAUCUGAAAGGAGACAAAAAACCUGAUCUGAAAGGAGACAAAAAACCUGAUCUGAAAGGGGACAAAAAACCUGAUCUGAAAGGAGACAAAAAAUCUGAUCUGAAAGGAGACAAAAAACCUGAUCUGAAAGGAGACAAAAAACCUGAUCUGAAAGGAGACAAAAAACCUGAUCUGAAAGGAGACAAAAAACCUGAUCUGAAAGGAGACAAAAAACCUGAUCUGAAAGGAGACAAAAAAACUGAUCUGAAAGGGGACAAAAAACCUGAUCUGGAAGGGGACAAAAAACCUGAUCUGGAAGGGGACAAAAAACCUGAUCUGGAAGGGGACAAAAAACCUGAUCUGAAAGGAGACAAAAAACCUGAUUUGAAAGGAGACAAAAAACCUGAUCUGAAAGGAGCCAAAAGAACUGAUCUGAAAGAAGACAAAAAACCUGAUCUGAAAGGAGACAAAAAACCUGAUCUGAAAGGAGACAACAAACCUGAUAUGAAAGGAGACAAAAAACCUGAUCUGAAAGGGGACAAAAAACCUGAUCUGGAAGGGGACAAAAAAUCUGAUCUGGAAGGAGACAAAAAACCUGAUCUGAAAGGAGACAAAAAACCUGAUCUGGAAGGAGACAAAAAACCUGAUCUGAAAGGGGACAAAAAACCUGAUCUGGAAGGGGACAAAAAACCUGAUCUGAAAGGAGACACACAAGACUGCUCCAUAAAGUGCCAUGUGUGCGGGAAAAUAACUACUCGUAUGCUGGGUUUGCGAAGGCACCUUCUAAUUCACUUCAACAAUGGAGCAUACAAGUGCUCUGCAUGUCCAAAGACUUUUAUAUCAAAUGCUGAUUUGAGAUCGCACCUGAGAUCAAAAAGAUCUUGCAGGGAGAAAUGUUCUGAAGAAGUCAUUACUACCGGGCUCAAAUCUGUCCCUGGUGAGUACAAGUGUCCUUACUGUGGGGACACUUUCCAGCUCCCAGAUGAUCUGAGAGGACACACAAAAGACUGUUCCAGAAAGUGCCAUGUGUGUGGGAAAACUACUGCUCGAAUGCUGGAUAUGCGAAGGCACAUGUUAAAGCACAACAACAAUGGCCCAUACAAGUGCCCGGUGUGUCCAAGGACGUUUAUAUCCCAUACUGAUUUGAAGAUGCACCUAAAAACAAAAAAACUUUGUCGGGAGAAAUGUUCUGAUGUAAUGAUGAAUGAAUUACUCUCUUCAGCAGAUGGUAAAUGUAGGGAAAAUGUCAAUGAAGCAGGAGUCAUGACAAGGUGCCAACAACCAAGCUCUAACAACACAGCCAGGCCUUUGAAGAGCAUUGAAGAGUUCUUUGAAGAAUUCUCUCAUGACUUGCAGCAGUCCGAUAACAGCAUAAGUAGUGAAGUGAACCUGAAUAGCCUGAAUAGCCUCGACGAAGACUACAGUGACGAGAUCAGUCAAUACCAACCCAUGAAGGAUGUUGACCUGAAUUGCCUCCACGAAGACUCCAUCAUGACCACUGAAGACUACAGUGACGAGAUCAGUCAAUACCCACCCGUUAAGGACAUUGACUUGAAUACCCUCCAUGAAGACUACAGUCAGGCUGAGAUCAGUCAAUACCCACCCGUUAAGGACAUUGACUUGAAUACCCUCCAUGAAGACUACAGUCAGGCUGAGAUCAGUCAAUACCCACCCGUUAAGGACGUUGACCCAGUGGAGGACAGAAGGUCUGUGGAUGAUUCAGGGGGAAAUGAGAUGGCCAAUGACAAAGAACCAAACUCAACCGAAUGCUUAACAGAGGAGCAGGUGUCCCACACUGAGGCAUGCCCUCUCCAGGAUUCUCAAUCAGAGACGAGCGGAGAAGUGAAGAACGAGAUACAGAGAGGGAAACUGCAGGCUGAGGCAACGGGUUCCCAAGGACAGAAAGGAAGAGGCAGAAAGAGGAAACAGAGAAGAGGACGUGGUGUCAGAAAUGAGAAGACCGAGGCAAAGGGUGUGAAAAGAGAGCACUCACCUGAGACUGAGGAAGAUGCUGAACCAUCAGAUAAAGAACUUUGGACCUCUGUCAAUGAAAGGACCACUGUCAAUGAUUCUGGUGGAGUCCGUCCUUCUCCUCAUUGUCCAUCAUCUCAUAAGAGGGAGGAAAGAAUUGCAACAGCCCAUACAGAACUUUCACUCAGAGGAGCACAGUGGUCAUAUGGCCAAAGGGCAGAACAGAGAGGAACGGUCAGAGAGUGAACCUCGGGACUCUCUAACUCCUGAGCCAUCCAACAGCUCUCACAAGAGAAGCCAACGCGUCAAAAGCAUGCUCUUUCUGUGGCAAGACUUUCACUGACACACCGGGCUUGACAAGACACAUGCGAUCUCACAUUGAGCAGAUGCCACAUCAAUGCACCCAGUGUGGGAUAGAUUUUGAAUUCAGUGAAGGACCACCAGAAGAGUAGCUGUGAGGAGAAGAAGACUGAGGAUGGAGGGAACAAUAACGAGAACGGCGAGGACAAUGGGGACGACUACUGUGGAGAAAGUGUCCAGCAAAAACUGAAUUGAAAAAAAAAAGAGUGAUCUGCAAGGAGACCUAAAACAACAUGUGAGAGGAGACACGCAAGACUGCUCCAUAAAGUGCCAUGUGUGCGGGAAAAUAACUACUCGUAUGCUGGGUUUGCGAAGGCACCUUCUAAUUCACUUCAACAAUGGAGCAUACAAGUGCUCUGCGUGUCCAAAGACUUUUAUAUCAAAUGCUGAUUUGAGAUCGCACCUGAGAUCAAAAAGAUCUUGCAGGGAGAAAUGUUCUGAUGAAGUCAUUACUACCGGGCUCCACCUCGAAUCUGUCCCUGGUGAGUACAAGUGUCCUUACUGUGGGGACACUUUCCAGCUCCCAGAUGAUCUGAGAGGACACACAAAAGACUGUUCCAGAAAGUGCCAUGUGUGUGGGAAAACUACUGCUCGAAUGCUGGAUAUGCGAAGGCACAUGUUAAAACACCACAACAAUGGCCCAUACAAGUGCCCGGUGUGUCCAAGGACGUUUAUAUUCCAUACUGAUUUGAAGACGCACCUGAAUAUAAAAAUACUUUGUAGGCAGAAAUGUUCUGAUGUAAUGGAGAAGGAGUUACUGUCUUCCGUAGAUGGUAGAUCUAGUCGUGAGAAGGUGCCAACAACCAAGCUCGAGCAACACAGGUGGGCCUUCAACGAUCGGGCUUGAAGAGCUUUGAAGAGUUCUUUGAAGAGCUCUCUCAUGACUCCGACAUCAGCAUGAGCAGCGAGGUUAACCUGAAUAGCCUCCACGAAGACUACAGUCAGGAGGUCAAUCAAUACCAACCCAUAAAGGAGAUUGAUCAAUCCAACCCGGGUGAAUACAAGUGUCCUCACUGUGGGGACACUUUCCAGUUCCCACAUGAUCUGAAAGGACACACAAAAGACUGUUCCAGAAAGUGCCAUGUUUGUGGGAAAACAACUUCGAAGACAUGUGACAUGCGAAGACACAUGUUAAAACACUACGAUGGCCCCAUCAAGUGCCCGGUGUGUCCGAAGAGUUUUGUGUUCCACACUGAUUUGAAGAAGCACCUGAAAACGAAAAGACUUUGUAGGGAGAAAUGUUCCGAUGUGAUGGUAAAGGAACUACUGUCUACAGUCGAUGGUAGAUGUAGGAAAAACGUCAGUGAAACAGGAGUCAUGGCAAGGUGCCAACAAUCAAACAGUUUGAAGAGCUAUGAAGAGUUUUUUGAAGAGCUCCCUCGUGACUCAGAUAAGAGCAUGAGUAGUGGUGUGAACCUCUAUCCUCCACGAAGACUACAGUGAUGAGAUCAGUCGAUGCCAACCCAUGAAGGAUGUUGACCUGAAUAGCCUCCGCGAAGACUACUGUGAUGAGAUCAGUCAAUGCCAACACAUUAAGGACAUUGACGCAGAUGAGGACAAUAAGUCUUUGGAAGAUUCAGGGGGGAAUGAGAUGCCCAAUUGUCACACCCUGGACGAGAGGGGCUGUGACUAAACUCAGUCAGUAUCAUAGGGUGGUGUCGUCUGAUCUAUGUUUACACUAAGAAUAGGGAGCUCUGAAGCACAGUUCUACCAUUAGACAACACCGGUUCUUUUAGUUUGGGUUUAAGUAGAAUAACAUGGAAGAGUGGUCAAUCUCAGUUUCCGUGAACCACAUUAGCAUAAGCUUUUGUUCGGCACAAGAUGGAGGAUACUCCAUAAAACAAGUAACACCAUCACAUAACAAAAACAGGUUUCAGUUCAGGUGGAAGUAAAGCAUUGCAACAAGGUAAUACUUAGUAAAACCAAAGCUUCCCGAAGGAGCUCUGCCAAAGCUUCAACACAAACACAGCUUCCCUAGACAUGCACCUGCACCUCCCCCAAGGUAGCCACACCCCAAACAGAAAGGGUUAUAAUGGGGCGGGGAAACACAGGGCGACAAUCGCAUCUUUCAUUUAAUCACGGAGUUAACAAAUACUAAAUUAGGAGCACCUGUGCUAAAGCAUGCACAGUAUAGGGCAUUCGUCACACCUGUGACACAAUGACAAAGAACCAAACUCGACCAAAGGCUUAACAGGGAAACACUGACCCAAGCCCUCUCCAGGAUUCAAUCUGAGAGAAGAAUGAGAUACAGGUGAUACCAACCUGGUCUCAGUAUUUCGUAUUAUUCUUUACGUAAAUUUCGAUACACCCCAUAUAUGUUACAUUUCGAAUGGUAUUUACAGUUGAAGUCGGAAGUUUACAUACACUUAGGUUGGUUUCAUUAAAACUACUCAUGCACAAAGUAGAUGUCCUCACCGACU